CCUAACACUGGAGAGCCUGUGUUCGAAUGUCCCGUAAUGGCACCGUAAUGGUGUUAUGUUGCAGACACCAAGUGACGGGAUCUUGACUGAACCUUCUGGAGACCAAGAAGGGAGUGAGAGAUCCACUUCAUCCUUACAACAGACACCAAGUGACCUGACUGAACCCUCUGGAGACCAUGAAUGGAAUGAGAGAUCCACUUCAUUCUUACAACAGACACCGAGUGACCUGACUGAACCCUCUGGAGACCAUGAAUGGAAUGAUAGAUACACUUCAUCCUUACAACAGACACCGAGUGACCUGACUGAACCCUCUGGAGACCAUGAAUGGAAUGAUAGAUACACUUCAUCCUUACAACAGACACCAAGGGACCUGACUGAACCCUCUGGAGACCAUGAAUGGAGUGAGAGAUCCACUUCAUCCUUUCAACAGACAUCAAGUGACAGGUACCUGACUGAACCCUCUGGAAACCAAGAAUGGAGUGAGAGAUCCACUUCAUCCUUACAACAGACACCAAGUGACCUGACUGAACCCUCUGGAGAACAAGAAUGGAGUGAGAGAUCCACUUCAUCCUUACAACAGACACCAAGUGACCUGACUGAACCCUCUGGAGACCAUGAAUGGAAUGAGAGAUCCACUUCAUUCUUACAACAGACACCGAGUGACCUGACUGAACCCUCUGGAGACCAUGAAUGGAAUGAUAGAUACACUUCAUCCUUACAACAGACACCAAGUGUUCCGAUCCUGAUGAAACCUUUUGAAGAUCAAGAAAGGAGUGGAAGAUCCACUUCUUCCUUACAACAGACACCAAGUGACCUGACUGAACCCUCUGGAGACCAUGAAUGGAAUGAGAGAUAAAUUCUCAAAAUUCUCAAAUUUUCAAAAUUCUCAUUAUUUCCUGGAAUAUCUUAUUUUGAUUAUUUUAUUUUUCCAUUUUUAAUAAAUAAUGCCUUCUUUUACAGGUGGGAAUAAGAGACGCACGUGGACAGAUUAUGAAGUGAAGGCUGUUGAGCGACAUAUGUUUGAUUUCAUAACAAGCCAUAAAGUUUCAGGUAAAACGAGCUGUGAGUCCUGUCUCCACGCAGAGCCAGCAGCUCUGAACGACAGAGGCUGGGUGUCCAUCAAAAACUACAUCCACAACAGGAUAUAACUGCAUUAAAAAGGGAAAUGAAUGGCUAGUCCAUUGAAAUGCGAGCACGUCUGGGUACAUUUCAGUUCAAGUUAACUAAAGCAAUAGCAAUGGUGCAUUUAGGGUGGGAUGGUCAAUUAUGGAUUUCAUAUUUGUUGUUGGAUACUGUGUUUCACGUUUGUUGUUUCAUGAUCUUCAAGAGCAAUUUGGAAAAUCCUUGAAGAUGUAUGAACAUGUAAAUUAUACUGUAUAUCAGGCAUGUUCCGAUCUGGGCCUGGAGAGCCACUGUCGUGCCUGUUUUCCAACUCUCCCGGCUGCAUCACACCUGUUUCAGAUGAUCAGUUCAUCAGUCAGCUCUGAUGCAGCAUUAGAACAUCCUGGGAGAGCUGGAAAACAAAAAGACAGCGGCCCUUGAGGACCGACCUUGGACACUCCUGCUGUAUAUAAACGUACGUACGAUAUACAAACUUCUCACAAAAGAUAGGCUUAUUAGGUUUGAGGUGAUAUUUUGGAAAAACCCUAAAACAUUUGAAUUCAUCCUAUUUCAAGAAUUUCAAUACUUUUUGAAAAGUUGCUUUUGUCUAACGGUAGCUAAAGAAGUUGCUACACACAUGGCACAAUAUAUGGCCAGAUUCAUUAAAAAUUCUUCAUCGCAGUAUUCACAUUUUGACAUAAUCUUCUUCAGUUCAAACAACCCUCAUCUAUUGCAGUGCUUUGUGUCAUGGAGAGGAGGUGGCAUGUUUUCUGUGUUCAUAAUUUCAUAUUGUCAGCAAUUAAAAAAUAAGAAAGUGGACUGACCACAUAUUUAACCGUCUCUUCUUCUUCACAGCUUAUUUUACUAUCUUGUAUUAUUAAUGUGAAUAUUUGAGGGAUGACGGGUAUAACGACUGUUUGGCACAUUCGCCUCACAGUUCAGCAAUUGAUAUUUGAAUGUUUGAAUCUGGGCAUCCUUCCUUUGUAGAGUUCUCCCCAUGCCUGAGCAUGACAAUUGGACACAUGUGCCUAACAUAUACUGUUGGUAUGUAACAUGAGUCAAUUUAAAAAUACACACUUUACUCUUAGCUGGUCUUCAUAAGUCAUAUAUACUUGAAAAUGAUGUGUAUCCAGGGGGCUCAAAAUUCACAAAAACAUGAAAUGGUAGUGUGUUUGAGGUGACUGUCUCCAUAAUACACAAAAACCUGUCAAUGUCCUCAUAUGUAGUAGUUUUGUCAUAAAUCAAAAAAAAAUUAUGUCCUAGCCAAAAUCUGAGUAGAUGGCUGUCUUCCUGAUUUUUUUUCAUGGUUACCAUAUUUUUUUGGAGCCUGUAGGACCACGGGAAAGGCAUGUACCCAUAUGUCGGGUGAACAAACGGACGUCCUGAAAAUGCACCAAAACACGUAUGUGUGUGUGUGUGUGUGUGUGUGUGUGUGUGGCAGCUAGUGACAGCCCCACUUUGGAGAGGCUGAGGUCAGUGCCAUAAAGUCAGCCUAACAGAGGAAAGAGAAACAAAACCCUACUUGUCUAUCUGUAUGGGUGUGUCUGUGUGUGACAGACAGACAGGCACGCACGCACACACACGCACAGUGCCCCAGUCACCUCUUGACUUCACUCUUGGCAACUCAUGAGCAAACACGCCUUGCUAGAUUGGUUUUGGUUGGUGUGUGACAACUGUGUGACACAUUACCAUCGUCUGGACUGCGUGUGUGUGUAUGUGCGCUUCAGUUGCUUCAGGAUAACCACACCAUCAAAGUCACCCAAAGUCAAUACAGUACCACAUCCACGUUUAAACAUGCAUGCAUUUCCAGUUAUCAGUAACCUCCCUUGGCACUCCUCUAUCAGUCAUCCUUGUUUACACACAAACAUGUUGGUUUUUCUGGCACAAUGCGGUGCAUUUGCAGUUCACUGACCUUCUCGUGUGACACUUCUUGAUUGGGAGCCAAGUGGGGAAGACCCUUCUCAUGACAUUAGGAAACCGCAUUCAUUUGGAUGUACUUGGACCCAUGUGAUUAAA